GUGAAAUCGAUAGAUGUUUAAAAAAAGUGAUGGAAGGUGUUGAAACCUUCGAUGACAUAUGGCAAAAGGUUCACAAUGCUGCGAAUAAUAACCAGAAAGAGAAGUAUGAAGCCGAUCUCAAGAAAGAAAUUAAGAAACUGCAGAGGUUGCGAGACCAAAUAAAGAGUUGGAUUGCAUCCGCUGAGAUCAAGGACAAAAGCAUACUUAUGGAUAAUAGGAAACUCAUAGAGACUCAAAUGGAGAGGUUCAAAGUGGUUGAAAGAGAAACAAAAACAAAGGCUUACUCAAAAGAGGGUUUGGGAGCAGCUCAGAAAUUGGACCCGGCUCAAAAAGAGCGUGAAGAAAUUCAGCACUGGCUGGUUUUGUCAAUAGAAAAACUGAAUAUCGGGGUAAGUGAAAGAUGUCUAUGA